CAAGAAUACAGUACGAUUGUCAGCGUUUGAAAAUUCUCUAAUCAGUCUAGAGGUCGCAUUACCUCGUACGAGUUGUGCGACUCGUGUGAAUGUGAGAGACGAAGAAGGUAUUCGAUAUUGGAAUAAAAUAAUGAAGUUAAUCGCGUUACGCAAUGCGCUGAGAAUAGCUUCUUCGCUCGUAUAGUUACGACGCCGGUACGCACAUAAAAGGUUAUACAUGUUAAGUGUCUGUAUUGUUUUAAAUUCGGUUGAUUUUAUUUUCGUAAGGAUCCCGCCGACGGAGAUAAUUCCUCCAUAAAAAUGAUUUACAAUUGGAGCUCUUCACUUUCAACGGUUUUUAAGAUAUGGAUUGGAAGAUUUGGUUUAUGAUUCUAUUCGCCUUUGUACAAAUCGAACAGUUAUCCUCCUCGAAGAGCUGUAUCGAAAACGUAGGCAAACCUCGUCGAUAUAAACGAACAAAUUUAGUGAAACCUCCAUUCAUGCGUUAUCGGCCACAAUUUUCUAAAUGCCGAAUGUCUUCCGAUUGCGAUCGUUUUCAUAAACAUUUACUUUUAGUGACAGAUUCGAUUUACGAAGAUUUACUAAGACAGUGCUCUUUGACGAUAUUUUUACAAGAUGUAAUCGAUUUAAAAGAACACUUGUCUCGUGUACCGGCCAACACGGCUAUAAUCAUUGUUCACACCAAGCAUCGCCAUAAAAGCAUUUAUUUCGAUAUUAUUAACGUAAUGAUUACACGUUUGGGUAACGUUUCUUUGUACGUCGAUAAUCAAAGUCAGUUUAACGAGGUGGUCAGCAAAUGCGAUCGUUUCGAGACCACUUGUACUAAUUUGUUAAGUCUCGCUCCCGUCGUCGAACAAAACAAGAACUGGAUAAACACUCAGGCUAUUUCUUCGUCCGUGCUAGACCUAUACGAUUCACGGUGGUUACCAAUCAAUACCAUCGCUCCGAUAAAUAAUAAACGUUAUUCGACUUCUGGUGACUUUCAAAUGCAACUACUUGCAUUAACAUUGUGCACCCGGAAUCGAAGACACAACAUAUUUUACGAAGUUUCCCCCAAAAGGACGAGUUUCGUUUACGAUGAAACUCCUCCAGGUGAAUUUGAAAAGGAUCACAGUGAUAUGGACUACGACGGCGAUCUGAAUCCGAAAGAAUCGAGUUUAGCUAUCGAAGAUAUACUGCCUAUUAAUCCGAAAUUUUACGAUAAAAAUCGACCCCCGAAAAAUCGACAUCAACCGACAGUCGUUUACUUUCAUGUUACUGUUUUAUCGUUGGAUUCGAUUAACGAAGAAUCGAUGACUUAUGUCGCGGAUAUAUUUCUUGCUCAAAGCUGGAGAGAUCAGCGGCUGAGAUUGCCCGAAAGUAUGGACGAAUAUCGCAUACUGAAUGUGGACUGGCUUCAUUACAUAUGGAAACCGGAUUCGUUUUUCAAAAAUGCCAAACAUGUUACAUUUCACGAAAUCAGCGUGCCCAAUCAUUAUCUUUGGUUAUAUCACGACAAAACAUUGCUCUAUAUGUCAAAGCUGAGUUUGGUGCUCUCUUGUGCGAUGAAAUUUGAAUCAUAUCCACACGAUACGCAACUUUGCAGCAUGAUGAUAGAAAGUUUAUCUCAUACAACGCAAGAUUUAGUAUUCAGAUGGAACACUACAGAUCCUUUAGUAGUGAAUCCUUUGAUAGAACUACCGCAAUUAGAUAUAGCUCGAAAUUACACUGCCGAUUGCACCAUCGAGUAUUCUACAGGUAAUUUUACAUGCUUAGCAGUAGUGUUCAGUUUGAGGAGACGGCUAGGGUAUCACUUAUUCCAUACGUACAUACCGUCAGCUCUAAUUGUAGUAAUGUCUUGGAUAUCUUUUUGGAUAAAGCCGGAAGCUAUACCAGCUCGAGUAACAUUAGGAGUUACAUCUUUACUGACUUUGGCCACUCAGAACACCCAAUCUCAACAAUCUUUGCCGCCAGUAUCCUACGUAAAGGCUAUUGAUAUAUGGAUGUCAUCUUGUUCAAUAUUCGUAUUCAUGUCCUUGAUGGAAUUCGCCAUAGUAAAUAAUUACAUGGGUCCGGUUGCCACAAAAGUCAUGAAAGGAUAUUCCGACGAAGAUAUGCGAAUCGCAGAAGAUAUUAAAGGUUUACAGUCGAGAAACGCUAGUCCUACAAGAAGCGCUGCUCCUUCUGCAGCAGCAGGUCCUCAGUACGUGACGUUUUGUCAUGGAAAAGCUGUAGCAGUGUGUAUAGAUAAAUUUUCUAGAGUUUUUUUCCCUUUUUCAUUUGUUGUAUUAAAUAUAGCGUAUUGGACUGCAUUUCUAUAAUGUUGUAAUCUCGAUCUUAUUUUUACGGUAUUAAAGUUUUAAUUUUUUAUCAGCGGUAA